CAAGGAAUUAGUUUACUUCGGCCACGCUCGUCCAUCACGCAAUAACUUAUCUUUUCGCUCCAAAUAUGUGACAUGGAGCCCAAACGGGAAUUUUCGAAAAUUUUUAUUUUGUGGUUUACGUUGUGGACUUUUUGUGAUUUUUACUGUCACGGGCAGAGUUUCGUCGAUAGUUUGCAGAACACCAUUCAAAAAAACGUGGACAAACAGCGGACUUUAUACGACUAUCAAACGCGAGUGGUGGCAUACAAAGACCUAAUAGAAUCAAAGUGCUUACUGGAAAUCUUAACAAACGAGGACAGCGUUAUAAAACUGGGAAAUCUAGACAGAGAAGGCGACACCUUCAAACCUUUAUCUUCCUCUAACCAAUUAUCAAAACGAGAAAACUUGCAGAUAUGGCGCCUUGCCGGCACGAGAAUUUCCGACUUCUGUCGAGGAUUCCCCACUUACCUCAUCCAGAACCCACUACCAGACUCCCAAACUGUAUCAUACAUCCAAAACGACUUACCAAUAGUGGAAAUAUCAACCAAAAAACGGAAAAAAAGAGAAACCAGAUACAAUUCCGUGGGGCGAGUGAGAGGCCAGACUCAGUCUCAAUAUCUGAACUUUGGAAAGGGCAAUGGAGAGCCGGGAAAAGCAGAAGCGGAAAGCAGCUACGAAGGAACCAAAGCGGUCGUUUCUGGUUCAAGCGGAAUGGGUCAAGCCCAGAGCCAAAGUUCCCCAGUGGACUGUGGCGAAUGCCUAGGAGGACCAGGCUUCCAAGACCAAGGUCUUAUCUAUGGCAGAAGGCCAGGCUUUGAUGAUGUUCCAGAAAAAAUCACCAGACCUGGUGGCCCUGGUGCAAAAUAUCCAGGAGAAUAUGGGCCAACUGGUAUAGGACAAACUUAUAUUCCCGGUACAAGACCCGGUGGUGAGGGAGGUGAAGGUUAUGCACCUGGAAGCGAAGGAGGUUACGUCCCAGGCGGCAGAGCACCAGGAACAGCUCCUAGACCCGGCGAAGAAGGGGGUAGAUACAUUCCUGGACAAGAGAGACCCGGUGGCAGUGGAAGGCGGCCUAGCGAAGAACCUUCAGGAUUUUAUCCAAGUGGUGGACGACCACCAAGCACCGGACCGUCGCAAGGAAGCCAGCCAGGAAGAUAUUAUCCGAGUGGCAGACCUUCAGAAGGCGGCCUCACCCCAGGAACGGGUUCUUCUCCCGAUCAAUGGUCACAACCUGGAAGGCCACCAACUGGGACAGGUGCACAAGAAGGUUAUCCGCCUGGGACAGGUCCUACUUCUACACCAGGUCAAUGGACACAACCUGAAAGACAACCGGGAGGUCCUGCUUAUCCACCCGGAACAGGAGCCCCUUCUACACCAGGUCAAUGGACACAACCUGAGAAACAACCGGGAGGACCGGCCUAUCCUACAGGUCCUAGUACUACAUGGUCACAGCCUGGAGGGCAACCAAGUAGCCCGGGUACACAUGAGAGUUAUCCACCCGGAACAGGUCCUACAGGUGCUACACCAGGUGAAUAUUUGCAGCCCACAGGCCCAGGUACACAAGGAGCAUAUCCGUCAGGACAAUGGUUACAACCAGGAAGACAGCCAACUGGUCCCCAAGGAGGCUAUCCACCUGGGACAGGCCCCAGCUCUGCACCAGAUCAGUGGUUACAGCCUGGAAGGCAGCCAACUGGUACAGGAGUACCCUCGGGACAAUCAAAACCACCUUAUUCCUCAGAAUCAGGACCUAGUCCAGGUCAGUGGUAUCCGCCAAGUAGACAACCAAUCGGUCCAGGUAUAUCGGGAUCACCCCCGGGAUCAGGUCCAACUUCUAUCCCAAGUCAGUGGAUACAACCGGGAGGACAUCCAACGAGUCCAGCUGCACCACCAGGAACUCACGGAUGGUAUCCCGGCCCAAAUUAUGAAGGCGAUCAAUACCACAGAGGUCCAGAAACUGGAGGCAGGGACUUAGGAACGUUUGGAGGUCAGUUGUCAGGGCAAUAUGAAGGUCAUGCUGGACAUUCAGGGAGGUUCUCUGGCUCUUUCCAGGGAACUUAUGAGAGUCAUGGACAUGGAGGCUUUAGACCACCAUCCGAAGGUCAGGGUCAAGUAGGUAGAGGCCCAGCUCCAGCUCAGAUUAGUGGUCAUUGGGUUAAUGGAAAAUGGGAACCUUCAGGAGGUGGUCCAGCUAUACCUCAAGGAGGAGGUCCAGGUCCAACACAAGGUGGAGGUCAAUGGGUUGAUGGAAAAUGGGUACCUUCAGGAGUAGGUCCAGGUCCAACACAAGGUGGAGGCCAAUGGAUCGAUGGAAAGUGGGUACCAUCAGGAGGAGGUUCAGGUCCAACACAAGGUGGAGGCCAAUGGAUCGAUGGAAAGUGGGUACCUUCAGGAGGAGGUCCUUCAGGAGGAAGUGCAGGUCCAACGCAAGGUGAAGGCCAAUGGAUUAAUGGAAAAUGGGUACCUUCAGGAGAAGGUCCAGGUCCAACACAAGGUGGAGGUCAAUGGGUUGAUGGAAAAUGGGUACCUUCCGGUACAACUCAAGAAGGAGACCAAUGGAUAGAUGGAAAGUGGGUACCUUCAGGAGGAGGUGCAGGUCCAACGCAAGGUCAAGGCCAAUGGAUUGAUGGAAAAUGGGUACCAUCAGGAGGAGGUCCAGGUCCAACACAAGGUGGAGGCCAAUGGAUCGAUGGAAAAUUAGUACCAUCAGGAGGAGGUCCAGGUCCAACACAAGGUGGAGGUCAAUGGGUUGAUGGAAAGUGGGUACCUUCAGGAGGAGGUCCUUUAGGAGGAGGUGCAGGUCCAACGCAAGGUGAAGGCCAAUGGAUUGAUGGAAAAUGGGUACCUUCAGGAGGAGGUCCAGGUCCAACACAAGGUGGAGGCCAAUGGAUCGAUGGAAAAUGGGUACCUUCAGGUACAACUCAAGGAGGAGGUCCAGGUCCAACACAAGGUGGAGGCCAAUGGAUCAAUGGAAAGUGGGUACCUUCAGGUACAACUCAAGGAGGAAGCUCAGGUCCAACACAAGGUGGAGGCCAAUGGAUAAAUGGAAAAUGGGUACCGUCAGGAGGUCAGGGUGAAACAGGAGGAGGUUCAGGUCAAACUGAAGGUGGAGGACAAUGGAUUAAUGGCAAAUGGGUACCUUCGGGAGAGGGUCCAGGUACACCUCAAGGUGCAGGGCAGUGGAUAGAUGGGAAGUGGGUACCUUCAGGAGGUGGUCAGGGAUCUGGACAAUGGGUGAACGGCAAGUGGGUUCCUUUAGGUGAAGGUUACCCAUACGGUCAAGUACCUCCUGGACAGUAUGUAGCUGGUGGAGGACAAGGUGAGACCUCAGAUGACUCAGAUUCCCAAGUGCAAACAUCAGUACUGCAAGGCGACAACGAAACGAUAGCCAACGCACAAGCACAAGGAAAAUACCAGGGUGGUACCUCGCAAUCCCAAGUCUCAGGCACGUACUCGGGUUCCGGUUCUUUUAGUGCGUCCGCUGGUUCGGACGACGGCAAAAGAGGAGCGAUGACUCAAGUAUCCGGAGGGAAAAAUGGGGCUCAAAGUAGUGCACAGGGAAGAGGUGGUGCCGGCCAGUCUCAAGCUCAAGUCAGUUUGGAUCCUGACUCUGGAGACACCUUAUCCAGUGCCCAAACUUCCGGAAUACAACAUGGCACCCAAACCCAAGUAAGGGCAAGUGAAAAGGGAGGUUUGGCAGAUGCCCAAGCUAACGGACUAGGGGCCACCUCCUCCCAAGCCCAGAUAGGUUUCACUCCUUACGAUGAGAGUGAGAAGGAUAAUCAGACUACUCCGUUUAAGGGUGGCGGAACGGCGGCUGCGCAAAGCGGCAACCGCGCCGGAAUGACACAGACUCAAAUUCAGGGUAAAUUCAGAUUUGGAAUAAGAUAUCAAGGGGCUGCUCAAGCCGGCUCGGGCUCAACAGCCAUUCGAAAUCUCACAGAACCCACCGGAUAUUUUAAGCCGAUUAAUUUCACUGCGGCUAGAGUAAGUCACAGCAAACAGUCCCAAAGUCAACAAGCCACUUUACCGGACCAAUCUGCUGCAGAAAGAUCUGAUACAGCCCAGGAGGAAACCUUGAGGCAAUCAGAAACCAGCAGGGAGAAACUGUUCGAUGUACAGGUCCAAAAACUGAGCCCACCGCCUCAGGAGGAUCGAGAAGUUGUAGCGCAAGAAGAAUCAGACGGCCUGCCCGCCACCCAUCCGCCAGAUUACGCCGAAUCCGAAGAAUACGCGGAUCCAGAGUACGAGGACGAAGAUUUGGAAGAGCCGAGUCCCGCCCUUAGUCCUUCCAGAAGGAAUUUGGUGCUUCCUCGCACUGAUAUUCACCAGAGCCUCCGCAAGCCCAGCAGUGUCGUUAGUCAGAGCUCUGACCAUCAGAAACAGCACAUUAUUUUAGACCCGUUGGACAAUCUGGAUGCCACCGUACACCAAAGUAAAGGUGAUUCUAUCCAUGAUGGUAUGAUUUUGCAAUCGGGACAAGUUGUACCAGGUUCUUCAGGCUUCCAAAUACCAGCUGGAUUCCGUGGCAAAGUGAAAUCGAUCGCAAACGGACCAAAUACAUACGCGAUCGGCAAACACAGUCAAGCCCAAAGUGUGACUUUGUCCCCUGGAAGCGGUCGAAUAUUCUACAGCAAACCCACCAAUCCCGUCUACGGGGUUGUCACGAAAACCAUUUCAAGAAACGGUCAUUACGGCACCGGCUACGCUUACCAACCGAUCAACUAUCCGGUGGCUUACCGAAUGAAGAGCGGAAAAGUCUUACCGAAUUUUGUUUCCGUAAGUAAGUCGGAAGCCGGCGAAGCGGAUUUAGUAUCGGGAAAAAAGACUCCGAACGUUUAUUAUACGCAGAGCAGCAGUUGCGGCAUGUUUACGAACUCUUGUGUCUAUUCAAACGGGAAGAAAACUUGUUUUCCCGUUAGGAAAACUAAUCCAGAUGGCACCCCUAUGAGUUGUUAAAACGACUCUUACAUGGGAGAUUCUUGUACAUAUUUUUUUUAGUAGAAAAUUCGGUCAGUAUAUAAUUUUGAUUUUUUUAAGUUAUUAUAUUGUGGUGAUGUGUGGCUGAUAGGGGAAAAAAUUGGUAAAAUAAAAUUAUAAUUUUUUUUCA